CAGAAUAAGUCCUCAGUAAUGGAGUGAACAGAGAAGACGGAUUUUAUCUCAAGCUUCACAGUCACAGAGUAGAAUGUUAUUACUCGUACACCCAGACGCAGUAAAAUGAUUAACACACUAUCAGCUCUUUAUCCUUAACUUUAAUACAAUUCAUUCGGGUAGCGUUAUACUCACACAUUGAUGGUUGUUAGGGAAUUCACUGUGAAUCCCUGAAAUAACCUCCUCUUCCACAGACUUAUUUAUGAAGCAUACACUACCAGUCAAAAGUUUGGACACACUUUCUCAUUGAAUUGAAUGAGAAGGUGUGUCGAAGAUUUUCACUGGUGGUGUACAUCAUGUGAAAUUUCAAAGUGCUUAAAUAGAAGAGGCAGUGAGUCCAUCUGAGGACAUAAGACUAGGGAAAUAAUAAUAAAAACAAAAACUGAAAUGGACGACAAACAAGGUUCAGCAUCCUGUUGAUGCUUUCACCAGGAAAUUACUGUUGUCAGAAGAGAACAAUUUUGAUGCCAAGUGGUCCUCAAAUAAGUAUUUUUUUUCUACAACUUAAAUUUGUUGUUUAAUUUACACACAAAUUAAUGUGCAAAAAUAAGUUAUUCAACAGUAAUAUUGACUAAAUUUUCACAUAACUACAUUACCCAAAAGGCAACGCGUGUGAACUUUGUCUAGCUACGGCGAGCAACAGAAGGAUAUUUCAACCUUCGCGCACACUUGUUUGAACAAACCAGCGCGUACGACUGGUAAAGUAGUACUGGUUACGUCCAAAAAAAAGUUUGUGAACAGUUACUCUAUCUUAUUAAAAUGCCACGUUUGGUUUAAACUUCAGGAAAAGCUUCACGAAAGACUUUAACGCUGUUCCCAACGAACGACCAUAGCGGUAGAAAACUUUGCUAAAGUUAGCCGCAAAGCUAAAAACAACAAGCCGUGUGAGCUAAAAACAAAUGUAGGUUCUUUUUGCUUUUUUUUUUUUUUAAUGGCAGCUGCUAAUGGUAUAUCUUGAGUCACAUAUGAGUUAGUAGUCAACGAUGAAAGACCAUGGUCGUCUUAAGAGAGGGAAUGUGUCCUGGACUGGAUGAACGUUUGCUUCGCGACCUGCGUGCAGCUGAUAUUAAAACAGUGGAGGACCUGGUCUCAUCCGACAUCGAGGGUCUUGCCCAGAAAUGUUCUGUCUCCUAUAAGGCUCUGUUCGCCAUCCGCCGAGUGCUGCUGGCCCAGCACGCAGCCUUCCCGGUGUCGGGCGCUGAUCUGUACGAGGAGCUAUUGAGCUCGACAGCCAUCCUCUCCACUGGAAAUCCCAGCUUAGAUAAACUGCUGGAUUCGGGCUUGUACACCGGAGAGAUAACAGAGCUGUCAGGAGGCCCGGGGAGUGGCAAAUCUCAGGUGUGCUUCUCCGUCGCAGUGCACAUCUCUCACCAGCUGAAACAGAGCGUGGUGUUCAUCGAUACGACGGGAGGGCUGAGUGCCGGCCGCCUGCUUCAGAUGCUGCAGGCUGAGACGAGCAGCUCGGAGGAGCAGAUGGAGGCGCUUCAGAGGAUUCACAUCUUCCGUUUGUUCGACGUCUACGCUCUGCUCGACUGUCUGUACGGCCUGCGCGGCGGUGGGCUCCAACAGGCGUCCGUCGGCGGCGGCGGCGGCUCCGUCAAGGCGGUGAUCGUGGACUCCGUGUCAGCCGUUAUCUCGCCUUUGCUGGGAGGCAGGCAAAAUGAAGGCAUGUCCUUGAUGAUACAAGUGUCGGGAGUUCUUAAGACGAUGGCAAAAGACUUCAACGUUGCCGUUUUGGUAACAAACCAUGUAACGAGAAGUGGCAGCGGGGAAGUGCAGCCGGGACUCGGCGCGUCGUGGAGUCACAUCCCCAGAACCAGGAUCCUGCUGGAGCGAGUGGAGAGGGCCGCGGCUGUCAGCCGGUCCGCGCUGCGCUCCGCCUCGCUCAUCAAGUCCUCCAGACAGCCCUGUCACAUCAAAGAGGAGUUCGACUUGCAGUGGUGGAGUCGCUCCGGAGAAGGGUCCUCGGGAAAGAGGAAACUGGAUGAGACGGAUUCCUGAUGAGAGCUGCUCUAAUCCCCCCCCCCCCACGCAUCAAUGUCAGACCAAAGGGUGGUACGAUGCGCCUCUUGCGGAUACAUUCCCAGAUCCAGCUGGGUGACACUCUCCGGGCCUCGCUGUCCUCUUCGGGCUCGGCCAGAGUGUGCGUGGCCGAGGCGGCGUCGUA